CGAUGGGUGAGGAGGGAAGAGUGGUCCCUGUAAUUGAUAUGCAAGAGCUUCCAUUUCACUAUGCUAAACUGAGAGAAGCCUGCCAGGAAUGGGGCUGUUUUAGGGUUGUGAACCACGGAGUCCCUGUCGUGUUGAUGUCUGAAAUGAAGAGGGUGGGGAGAUCACUGCUUGACCUCCCAAUUGAAACCAAGAAACAGAACGUGGAAGUGAGGCCUGGAAGCGGAUACAUAGCGCCUGGGAAGGUGAACGCUAUUUACGAGUCGCUCUACCUCUCUGACCUGGCCUCCCCAGAGUUUGUGCCGGCCUUCUGUUCCCAGUUAGAUGCUGAUCCUGAGAACAGGGAGCUGAUAGAGAAGUAUGUUCGAGCUAUUCGGGUACUGGCCUUGGAUGUAGCAGACAAGGUGGCAAAGAGCCUGGAUUUAUCAGGCGGGAGCAACCUCUUUGAGCGUUGGCCCUGUCAUAUGAGGAUGAACAAGUACAGCUUUGCCCCAGAAACUGUGGGCAACUGUGGUGUACCGGUGCAUUCAGAUAGCUCAUUCUUGACAUUGCUACAGGAUGAUGAUGCUGUGGGUGGGCUUGAAAUUUUCGACAACAAGUCUGGUUCUUUUUUAGCCGUCCAACCAUGCCCCAGUACCUUCUUUGUCAACCUUGGAGACUUGGCUGUGGUAUGGAGCAAUGGGAGGUUUAGCAGCGUGAAGCAUCAGGUACAGUGCACAGAAGGUAAAGUCCGUGUGUCGAUUGGGACAUUCAUGUUCACGCCAGGAGAUGCCGUGGUUGAAGCCCCUGAAGAGCUCAUCGAUUCACAGAAUCCACGUCUUUAUGUCCCAUUCACCUGUGGACAUUACAGGAAGCUCCGAGGAGAAAAGAAAAUGUACUCGGGCGAAGCCCUCUCUCAGUUUCUUGCUCAAUCUUCAGCAGUUAGUAAAAAUAUCAGCGGAUAGUUAAUGCUAAUAUAUCUUUUUCAAUUUUUGUUUUCAGAAGUAACUAUAUAUGUGAUAUUGUUGGAGAAAAAUUGAGAGUGUGA